GCUCGGUGAAAUACGUUGAUUAUUUCCAAUAAUAAUUAUAGGACAUUCGUGAAACUAUUCGUUUUCCAAUUGUAUUAUGUGCGGAAUGUGUGUGUGUAAUUGAAAAUAAAAAAAUUACAAAAGUUACAAUCGAAAUUUAGUAACUUUGAAAUAUUUUUGUUUAUCUGUUUUUUUAAUGAUUGCUCCUCUGUAAUCUGUGCAAUUUUUCGUCUCUCGUGGAAGCCAAAUUCCAUAUUAAGUACGCAAUCUAGAAAUUGGAGAAAUCUUCCUUCAAGCACCAACGGCAAAAGUAGCUUUAGGAAUUCAAAAUGUGUGAUAUGCCAACAGAACCUUGUGAAGACCCAUGCCCACCACCGAUGUGUGCCCCGCCAGCAGCUUCAGCAUCAGUGCCGGAGCAAUGCUUAGCUGAACCCCCAGCACCAGCUUCACCAUCCAUUGAUGGUGGUCAAUGCUGUUUUGGUCGCGAUUCUUGUGGACAAGGUAACAUUUCCUAUAUUCAACCACCCAGAGCGGUCAGUUUCAAGCCCGUGAAUACCUACUGUAAACCCACGGAACCCAUGGAGUCUGAAACAAUAUAUCGCAAAUCUUACUACCCCAUCGACACUUGUGCAAUGCAACAAGCUCGUCUAGGACCCUUUAGGCGAAGUGAUAACAUUGAAAGGUCCACCGGCAAGCUAGAAGACAAAACUGUAAUGGCACUUUCUUACAUGGGACAUUGCGGAGUAAAGCCGCCAGCACCCAUAAUCCCAAUGAGUAGGAGUAUGUUGGGGCAAGGAAUGAUGCUCACUGAAACUACACACAAACAUGACUUUGUUCCUAAGCCCACUAUGCGUGUUGCACCGAUUCUUCCACACGAUAGUAUGCUAAAAACUUGUGGACCGCUUGAGAAAAACACGACCUUUCGUUUGUCAUACAUGCCGAUCGACCUCUGUUCAAAUCCGCCACCCAAAGCUAUAAGACCUCACGAUGAAUACGAAAAACCCUCACUUCCUGCCGAAAAGGAUACUGUCUACAAGUUGAGCUACCAACCGGUAUGCCCACCUGCUAAGGAAGACUACCCUUGGGCUAGAAAAACUAGUCAUUCAAAUCCAUGUGCUCCGAUUGAAAAGGACACCAUUUACAAGCUCAGCUACUUAGGAAACUGUAGCACGCAAAAGGCUGAACCGCAAUAUCCUAUUUCGUGUUUGAAACUUUUCGAUGGAGCUCCUUCAAAUUGCACAGUCUACAGAGCAAGUUACAUGCCCUCAACUGCCGAACGACCAGAUGCUAUUCGGCCUGAACCAAACAUUCAACGAGCAGAUGCUCCAGUUGAAAAGGACACUGUCUACAAACUAUCUUACAUGGGUCACUGCGGUGCAUCCCCACCAAGUCCAAUUAUUCCGGCCCCAAGCAGGUUACGAAGUGACGGUCCAAUGGCCACCGAGACCACACAUAAGCAUGACUACGUUCCGAAGCCCAGUUGCAAGCAAUCUCCCUUCCUCCCUGUAAACAACAUGAUAGUCUCCCGCGAUGGCUUGGAGAAGGAUACAGUUUACAAAAUGUCUUACAUGCCCCAUUGUAACGCAGAGAGAGCUCAGCCUAUUCGUCCCAUAAGUCAAACGUGCAAAUCGGAUGCUCCCAUGGAACACGACACCACCUUCAGUUUGAGCUACAUGCCAGUUUGUCCACCUAAACGGGAACCGACGCCGUGGGCCACAAGAGGAUCGUACCAACCACCUACAGCGCCCGUGGAGUGCACCACAAUUCAGAAAAUGAGCUAUCAGCCGCCUGGCAUGUUUAUGGAUGGUUCUGGAAAUUGUGCAUGCCAUAACACACAACAAAUGAAAUUCGAAAAUCACACAUUCCCGAGGGCGGGCAUUGUAAAUUAGCAAAAUAAAAUUCCUUAAAAAAAUCCCAAGUAGUGAAAAAUGAAACUAGAAAAAAGACUGACAACUUAGAAAUAAGUUUUUGUCCUUAUUUUUUAGCUUAAAUGAUAUGUUAUUGUGUUUGUCCCGAAAUUUGCGUAUUUCAUCAUCGAUUUUACUCGCAAAGGAAAAUGUUUGAAGAAAAAUCCCAUCCUAUCUGCUCUGUGAACUUGAGUCCUUGCAGAAUGGAGGUAAACGAUUUUGGUUUACAUGUGCAUAUGUAAAUUAUUUAUACAAAUUCGCGAAGAUUUUGUCAAAUAUAAAAUUAUCGUAGAAGAA